CCAAAAUUUUUAAAAGCCACCAGCAUUUCUCAAACCACUUAGGUAAGUUCACACAAUACCACCCUCAUGACAGACGCGGACUUCAAAUUUCCCCCAAUAUACAACUUUCCGCCGUUCUACACAAAACAACCAAAUGAGACCACCUGGCAGUCACAGUCACAGCAGUGGAUCGGGCUUGUGCUAGACUAUUGCAAACAGAAGAGGAUCUGGGUCUUGAACAGCGACGGGGUGCCUUUGUCAAAGAACGAUAGUGAGCUCGAUAGCGAUGAAGAGGUUGAUUCUCUCAGUUUGUUUGCUAACGAAAAGAUACAGCGCAGCUUGAAGCGUGAGACGAUUGGCGAGAUCUACGCUCAGAUGGUUACCGAGGGAAGCGCCGAGUACCUCUCCCCCGUUUCCACGUCGUUGUCCCGUUCGUUGAAAAAGGCCACGCCGCAGGAUCAGAGCAUAAUUGUUUAUUGGCGCAAGCCCGAAGAUUGGGCCACGAUGCUUCUUGAAUGGGUCGAAAAGACCGGCCAAUUGGGCGGCAUUCUCACAUUAUACGAGUUGCAAGCGUCAGAAUCGGUGAAAUCGCAGCCGUUUUACAAGAUCAAUUCAACUGUCUUGGUCCGUGCGUUGGACGUGUUGGUGAAGAUGGGGCGUGCCCAGGUGCUCAAAGAAGAGGGCGGUAAAAUCAGCGGUGUCAAGAUUGUUUAGAAGCUUUGAUGCUGCUGGAAUAUUGUCACAGUUUACUGUUGAAUAUGAGCACCUUUCACCCACAGUUCAGGCUGUAUCUUACCAGGAGUGUUCCGAUAUCAGGCGAAAGUACCUAAAUUGGAAUAGCUCAACAUCGCCAAAAAGAUUAUUUCUCUAUAAGACCAUCUGGGAUGAUACAGAAGCAUGGCGGCUGCAAACGAUGCUACUGGAGCUCAAGGUUUCACCAGUUUACCAACAUGUUUCUGUUAUAUAAGCCUGAUGUUAAUAGACAUUAAUAUUUGGUAAAUGCCUCCAAAAUUGGUUUGAUAAUCUCAGAUAGCUGGGAGAAUUUGUAGGCGAUUUUUG